UUUUGUCUCAGGCAGGGCCGCUGCAUGUUCACUCAUCAUGUCCUCGACUGAUGCUAAUAGUGGCCCCAGUCAAGCACCACCUUUUCCUGGUGUUCCACCUUCAGCAAUACCACCACCCUUUAUGGGACCACCAGGAAUCCCACCGCACUUCCCUCCAAUGGGAAUGCCGCCCAUGGGCCAGAGGCCACCCAGCAUGACCCCUAUGCCUCCAGGAAUAAUGCCCCCUAUGAUGCCCCCAAUGGGAGCACCACCACUGGGACAGAUACCUUCCAUGAUGCCACCAAUGAUGCCAGGGAUGAUGUUGCCCCCCCGUAUGCCAGCCGCAUCAGUACAACCUACAGGACCGCCUGGUGUGAGCCCAGUGGAACCCGCAGCUCCAGCUGCUCCUGGAACUACGAGCACCACAUCAACUGAGUCUUCACCGGACGAACAGCCGAAAAAGAAGUCAGUGUGGACUGAGCACAAAUCACUGGAUGGAAAAACAUAUUACUACAACACAGAGACCAAACAAUCCACCUGGGAGAAACCUGAUGAGCUCAAAUCACCUGCAGAGCAAAUGUUGUCCAAGUGCCCUUGGAAGGAGUAUAAGUCGGAUACAGGAAAGCCCUACUACUACAACUCACAGACCAAAGAGUCCCGCUGGACCAAACCCAAAGAACUGGAGGAUCUAGAAGCCAUGAUCAAAGCAGAGGAGAAUGGGACGGCUGACAUCGUGGCUCCUGGGACCACCACCCCUGCUCUUACAACUCCGAUCGAGUCUUCUGUUGUCAUGGCUGCAGUUGCUGAGACAGAGACUGCCAUGGCGACAGUCACCACAGAGGAGCAGCCGGCUCUCGUGCCUGUGCAGGCUGCUGAGGUUAGCAAUGAUGUCCCUGUAAACUCCACUGAGGAAACGGCCAUUAUAGAGACACUACCCAGUAAUGACACAUCUAAGGAGGAGAGACCUGAGCUGGUGAAGAAAGUUUACAAGUGGAACACAAAAGAGGAGGCAAAACAGGCCUUUAAAGAACUUCUGAAAGAAAAGGGUGUUUCCUCCAAUGCAUCAUGGGAGCAGGCAAUGAAGCUCAUCAUUAAUGACCCUCGUUACAGUGCUCUGCCCAAGCUAAGUGAAAAGAAACAGGCAUUUAAUGCUUAUAAAGUCCAGACAGAGAAAGAGGAGAAAGAAGAAGCCAGAAUCAAAUACAAGGAGUCUAAAGAGACCUUCCAGCGCUUCCUUGAGAACCAUGAGAAAAUGACAUCAACCACCAGAUACAAAAAAGCGGAGCAGAUGUUUAAUGACCAGGAGGUGUGGUCAUGUGUCCCAGAGAGAGACAGACUGGAGAUCUAUGAGGACGUGCUUUUUUAUCUGGCCAAGAAAGAAAAGGAACAAGCCAAGCAGUUAAGAAAGAGGAACUGGGAGGCACUUAAGAACAUAUUAGACAAUAUGGCCAAUGUCACGUACAGAACCACCUGGUCUGAGGCUCAGCAGUACCUACUAGACAACCCCACUUUUGCUGAGGAUGAGGAGCUACAGAACAUGGAUAAGGAGGAUGCCCUGAUCUGUUUUGAGGAACACAUCCGUGCUCUUGAGAAAGAGGAGGAAGACGAGAAACAGAAAACUUUACUGCGAGAACGACGCAGACAGCGCAAGAACAGAGAAGCUUUCCAGAAAUUUUUGGAUGAGCUUCAUGAUCACGGGCAGCUGCACUCCAUGUCAGCCUGGAUGGAGAUGUACCCGACUGUCAGCGCUGAUAUCCGCUUCAAUAACAUGUUGGGCCAGCCAGGUUCCACCCCUCUGGACUUAUUUAAAUUUUACGUGGAGGAUCUGAAAGCUCGGUACCAUGAUGAGAAGAGAAUUAUUAAAGACAUCCUAAAGGAUAAAGGCUUUUUGGUGGAGAUCAACACAAGCUUUGAAGAUUUCGGCUCAGUGAUCAGCUCUGAUAAACGUGCUACCACACUGGAUGCAGGAAACAUCAAACUGGCAUUCAACAGCUUACUUGAGAAGGCAGAAGCACGGGAGAGGGAGAGAGAAAAAGAGGAGGCAAGAAAGAUGAAGAGGAAAGAGGCGGCGUUUAAGAGCAUGCUGAAACAGGCCACACCCCCUCUGGAGCCGGAAACCACGUGGGAAGGAGUACGAGAGCGGUUCCUGAAGGAGCCUGCGUUUGAGGAUGUCACACUGGAGUCCGAGAGGAAGAGGAUAUUUAAAGACUUCAUGCAUGUUCUAGAGCACGAGUGUCAACAUCAUCAUUCUAAAACUAAAAAACACUCAAAGAAAUCCAAGAAACACCACAGAAAACGCUCCAGAUCUCGAUCGGGUUCGGAGUCUGAGGAUGACGAGUACCACUCCAAGAAGAAGAAACGUUCAACAUCUAAAUCUCCAUCUGAGCACUCGUCCUCUGGAGAAUCUGAGAGAAGUUACAAGAAAUCUAAGAAGCACAAGAAGAAGGGAAAGAAAAGACGACACAAAUCUGCCUCUCCAGAGUCUGAUGGAGAUAAAGAACGAAAGGGACGAGAAAAAGAGAAGGAUAAAGAAAAUGACAAAUCUAGAGGGAAGACGCGUGGAGAAUCCAAACAGAAAUCUCCCAAAAGAAAGAGCACAAAAGAGGAGGCAAGAUGGGAUACGUCCGGCAGUGAACUAAGUGAAGGAGAGCUAGAAAAGAGGAGACGUACCCUUUUAGAACAGCUGGACGCACCGUAGUCUUACUGUACAUCUCUCUCUCUCUUUUUCUUAUGCAUUCCUGUAAUGUGUAUUGCAUCCCUUUGGAAUGUGCUAACAGCAUAUUGACGAGGAUCUGAGUGAUGGAAUUUUGGCUGUGAAUCAUUGACUGUCCUGUAUUCUGUCUGUAAGGCAGUAUUGUUUGAACAUCAGCUGAAUUUUUGUAAGAUUAUUUUCAGAGGUUGCAAGUAUUACUUUGCCUUUAACUGCAGAACCUUUUUUAGAUAGUUGUACAUUUGUUGCUAGUUAACUUGAAAAUUUGCUAAAAAAUAAACAGGAUGCAAAAAGACGACUAUUAUUAUUGUUCAAACUUCAAAUUCAUUGGCAAAGGUGUUUUCAAAAAUGGCUUUUACGAUCUUACUAGUAUGAAGAAAAAAAGUUGUUUUAAACUUUCAUUUUGACAAAUAAAUAAACAUUUUCCUA